AUUUGCGUUAAUAUUACACCUUGUGUUCAACGUCACGCAUCGCUUGAUAUGACGGUGUUUCGCUCCACCUGCUCAGUCAAAGAGCAAACGAAUGGCAGAAAUCACAUCAACUUUCCUCCUCAAUGAUUUACAUCAGCAUGGAGAACAAAAGCUAAAUUACUCAAGGGGAAAGAGGAUUUUUCACUGACAAUCAGAACCGGUGAAAAUGAAUGUUCUGGAGGCCUCAGGAGAUCCAGAGGGAGAAGCCACUGACGACUUAACAGGAAGGAAGAAGUCCAGGUUAAAGUCUCUAAAGUCUCGCUUGCUUGUGAAGAUAAAGAGGAAGGAGGACGAUGGUGGACUGAAGCAGAGUCAGUCUGAAAGUGACAUUGCAUGGGGUGCUGAGGACUCCGAUUGCUCCAAAGGCAUGCUGGGAUCCAGAGCAUUUUCACAUGACAGCAUUUUUCAGGCCGAACACGGUCAUUCAGACACAGAACCACUGAGAGUUCUGUCUCAGGAGAACAUCCAUGGCAACAUCCGAGCUCUGCAGAUGAAGCUCCAGCAGCAAAAGAUGCACCUAGGUCCUCCUCCUCUGCUUUUGCCCAGUAAACAACGUGAAGAUGCAGGUAGAAAUUCAGAAGAUGAUGGUCUUCCUCGAAGCCCACCUGAAGUUUCCCACAGUGAUGCACUGUACAUGAGCAUAUCGAACAAGUAUUCCCUCCCUUCCAAGAACCAUAGCACUUUGAGCUUAGCUGGAACAGGAAGCGAAGAGGAAGAACAGGCCUCUUCACAGCCUCUCUCUCCUCGAUCGAUCAGCCCUGCGCCUCUUUCGCCACAGGCUCCAGGGUCAGCAGUAGACUUCAGCACUCCUCCACAGGUCGUUUCCCUUCUGGACAACUCUGCUGCCCGCCACCGAAUGUCUCUCAAACCCAAGAACCAAAGGGCUAGUGCCAAAAACAAGAGGGUGUCCAUUACACAGGAUGGAAGCAGAACUCGGUCAGAGAGUCUGAACAAUCUGGACCAGUCAGUUGCUACAAGGCAGGAAGAGGAGGGGGUGGCUCUUGUAAAAGAGAUACCUCGCGCUCAGUCGUAUUCCUCUCAAGUUUUACGUCCAGGGGAGAAGCUCACAGCAAUGCCAAUCAAGAGCCUUCCGAUUUCACCAUUAAUGGCUCUGCAGACUGCUGAAGAUGCACAAAUUUCAUCUGAACCGGAACUUGCGAGUAACAUCCUGUCCACAUCUCCUGCGAGGAGUCCUAGCCCAAAAGAGAUGCCUUCAGCUGAGCCACCAGUGGCGAAACCACCAAUCCCAGUGGUGCCAAUUGACAGAAAGAGAAAAGAAGAGAGUGAGACAUUCAGCAGCUCUAAACUACUCAAGAGCAGCCAAAGUAACCCCGUGUCAACUGUAAGACCAGCUGUGUCAACUACACCAGAACUAAAUCCUGUGAAAGAUCAGAAGAAGACUAAUACUGUGCCGGCACAAAACCAAAUGGAUAUAUUGAGGAAAUAUAGUGUUCAGAGUCCAGUAAAUAUUGAAAGCUCUAUUUCUGCUUCACCCAAUGUAAUUUGUGGAGUAAGUCUGAGACCAUCAUCUUUUAGAAGAUAUGUACCUUCAACAGAUGACAAACCAGAGUCUAAGACUCUUCCCCCAGUCAUCCCAGUGUCGGCUGUAAGUCAGGAUACCGCUCAAACAGAAACCAUAAAGCGCCAGAGAACUGUAUCUGGAUCAUUCAGUGUCUCCUCAGACAAGAAUCAAGAGCGCCAGAGGACUGGAAGCUUCACCGGGGUAGUUGGACAAGAUGGACUGAAAAAGGAAGCCAUCGAAGUUAACAAACCAACUUUGAAAUUCAAGACAGACUGGCAAGUAGGUUCACAAGUUGAGAAAGCAAUAAAAGACCCAUGUGUUAGCUUACCACCAUCAUCUAAGAAGGAAGACAAAGGAUACUCUGAUUCCGUGAUACCACCAAAAUCCACUGACCUUUCAAAGCCCAUGAAUGUGGAGGAGAUUCAGAUCAACGAGAAGCAGGAGAUCAAGGUAGAGACUACUGAGCAAGGUUUAAGUGAGGUGGAGGCUGCCGAAGAGGCAGACGAGGAUGUGGUGGAGGAUGCCAUGGCAGGCAAAGCGAAAGAGUCUACAAAUGCAUUUGGAGUGAAGCUUCGCUCUACCUCUCUUUCUCUUAAGUUUCGAUUGGACAAAGCUCAAUCAGAUGAUAAGGCAAAACGCCACAGCUUUGAAACCUUUCCUCAAGCUCCAUCUGUGGCCUCACAGUCUGAUUCAGCCAGCUAUGUUGAACCUGAGGCUCAACGCACAGGGGCCAUAAGAGUCCAUGCCAAACUCAAAGACCCUCCUCUCCAAACCAAUAGCUCUACAAACUUAGUUCAGGCCUCAAGUUCUUUCAGUAGAGAAAAGGAGAGACCGGGCUUCCUCAGACCGACUGAGCCUCCUCAGCCGUCAUCAUCAGACACUAAGAUUGCACCUUCACCCCCCAAAGAAUGUACAGACUUGCCUCCAGUUGAGACCCCAGCUGUGUCCUCUCAGGAGACGGUACCAACAUCCACACCUUCAGAGGUGUCCUGGAUGGAGAUGGCCAGAGAGAAGACCAGAAGUCUCCAACAGCUCUUCACCAGUAGACUGCCGGAGUUUCCAAGCUUGCAAUCACGACCAUCAACCUCAAGCACAACACAAGUCCAAUCAUCUCAAGCCAACCCAAAAACCACUCCAAACAUAACAAGCCAGCCGACAGCUACACAACCUCAACUCAAACCCAUAGACACAAAACAACCACCUUGUGCACAUCCCUCUGGAAGACCCACACAAUCUAACACUCAGGUCACACCGGUGCAGACUCAAACUAGAACAACAACAAGCCAACCAUCAGCAAGUUCAACCACUACUCAGCCUGUAAUUGACAGCACAAAAGAUGUUCAGUUUCAGUCUAAAACUCAAGUCUGUAAUUCAAUAGUAAAACCAACUCAGUCUUCGGUUACAAGCACAUCGAACAUACAUGCAUCAAAACAGCCAACACCGAUACCACCCAUCCAGCAGUCUUCGCCAUUUCGAUCAGCAUCACAGAGGCCCUCGCAAGCUAUACAGCAACCCACACCUCCCCCUGGUCCCCCACAUUUAUUCUCAAGCCCAAAGGUGACAUCCCACCUGGGCGUCCAACAGUCUGCCAGUACUGUCUUGAAGGAACAGGCUCUGAAUGAGGAGGUAGAGCCCACCGUAAUCUCAGGAAAAGCUGACAGGGCAUCUGUGCUUCAGGGGAAGGGGUCCACACCUGAAGAUGGCAGAGCAGUGUGGGCCGCAGGAUUAGGAAACAAGAGCUCGCUGGUGCAGCGAUGGGAAAACCAAACAACUACCGCAACUAAGAAUAUUGAUCAGAAAAGCUCAUCAGAGUCCCGAAGUGCACCUCAGUCAGCAGUCUCCGACCGUCCUUUCCGACCGUCGAUCUCAAAGGUGUCCGGCACGGGACCUGACUCAAGUUCAUCAUCGCAAGCAUCUGUGUCUUCUGUUCCUGUGAGGUCAGCAGAAAGAGAGGAAAAGGGGCAGCAGAAAUCACCUUCAUCCUCACCAUCGUCAUCUCCUCUGCAGUCAGCGCGGGACAGUGGGCAACCGUCCUGGAUGGAGCUCGCCAAGAGGAAAUCGCUGGCAUGGAGUGAUAUGUCUAUGGACUAAAGGUGACAGAGGUUAAAUUUGGGGUUGAAUGCUGAUUCUUUGUGUAAGGUUUGUAAGUUUGAAGGGUUUUUUAUGUUGAAUGUGGAUUUAAAGUGACUGGUUUGCUCCAGAUGAAGCUCAUUGGAUGUUAAGUUGAUGUUAAUGUCAGCAUAAACCAGAAGUUGCUGAGACUUUUAUUUCAGUAUGUUGAAGUACUUCCAACUGAAACUGAAUAUUGAGUAGGGGGUGGAGCUUUCUUUUUGUGCAUCAUUCCCUCAUAUCAAACUAACGAUAAGAGGGGCGUGGUUAAAAAUAUUGAGAGUGUAGCAUCAAACUGAUGUCAACAGAAGGACCACCACUCCAAACAUGGAAAAAAAUAGUUAUUCUUUGAUUUAAAGAUUAUCCCAACAAACUUUUUUUUUCAGUGGAAUGCACUAAUCGAUUGUUCACCUAAAGAAUGACAAUGUGCGCUAGCAAAAUAAACAUUGAAAAUUCUAAUUUCACUCAGACUUUAAAGCAGUGCAGUCUGGAAGUGAACCAGAAUUUGUGUUUUAUUGAGGGACAGUCACACAUUUUUCAGUCACUGAACCUCUUAAAGGUACAGAGACCAGGAAAGGACUUGAUGGUGGGGAAAAAAAUUGGUGGAAGAAAAAAAAACUGGGGUUGAGAAAAAUAACAGAGUGAUAGGAAAACAUAUUUUUAGCUUUUUUGCAUUCCCUCAAAAAGAUGUUUUGCGUUAUCUUGCAAAACUGUUUCUCCACAAACACU